UAUUGCAAUUUCCAAAGCGUGUAGACUUAUCCCAUCUCAUUACGGUCGCAAUCUAGUCCUUCACACGUCCACCGUAAACUUCCAUGCACAAGCACAAUUCUGUAAUUCCUAUAAUACCCUUGGUCUUUCCGUUAUAAUUCAAACGUACCACCACCUCCAUCUUCAUUGUAGCAACAAAUCCAAUUUGUAUAAUUUGAAAACAAAUUUCGAAACCCUAAACUACAUUUUUCACUUUUCCAUGGCUUUGAUUAUCUCCUGCUCCGCUCUAACCACGAUCCGAGCAUGUUCCGGAUCCGGAUCUUUAAAAAACCCGGAUUCGAACCGUAAGAAAUCCGCUUCUUGGUGGGCACCUCUCUUCGGUUUAUCCCCCGAUCCAGAAUAUCUCAACAUCGACGGCUCAGGCUCUUCGGUGAGUUCGGAUUCGAAUCCGGAUAAAAAAGAUAUCUCCGGGUCGGGUCAGACUCAGAAGCUCCGUCGCGGUUGUCUCACGGAGGAGAAAGCUAAGCAGCUGAGGAGGAAAAUAGCAGAAGCUUCCACGUUCCACGAUGUUAUGUAUCAUUCCGCCAUUGCAUCUCGUCUCGCUUCUGAUCUCUCCGGCCGGGUUGAAGAUUGAUUGAAAAACGGAUCCGGGUCAGAUCUGGAGAUGGGAAUCUUUUAUUUGUUUUAUUUUAUUCUCAGUGUUUCGUAUAGGAUGCAGACCAUAUUCUAUCGGUGCUCCUUUUUUAUUAGAACCGUUGGAUUGUGUUUGGUCUUUGUUAGUAUGUGUUGUUUGUUGUAAAUUCUGGUUCCUCAUUGACCGUUGGAUUAUUAGUAGCCAACCGUUGGAUCUCCCACUUGUUCGUUUAGACAUCAUUUAUUGUCACUAAUCAGCUCUUUGAAUCUUUGAUUGUACUUCAGAAACUGAAUAUUUGGCCUUGUUUUAUUUUAGGGACAUAACCACUUGCAUGAA